AUUGCAUUGCUUUUCACGUCCGCUGUCAUUGCUUCCUUCGUCCCCCGCUUUGUUGGUUUCUUUGUGCGUCCAGGCCAGCCACUCAUCAAUGGAAGUACAAUUGCUACAGUCUAUUGCGUCGGUGCAAGAGAGCAGCUGUAGCCCCAUCGUGCCAAUGCAGAAGCACCAAGGACACCAUGAUUGAUUGGCAGCUGCUUGCUGAGAAGGACACCAUGAUGAUUGGCGGCAUCGUGCGGCUGAGAAACCAACGGCAAAGAGGACGGUUCCAGCUAGAAACGCCAACGGCAAAGAUGCCAACUCGGACACAUCGUCGUGGCUUGGCAAUAAAAGAUAUGCGCAAGGGAAAAGAUAUCCAAGGGGGAAAUAGGUGUCCAGCAUAACCAUUCUGUUGCAAUAUUCCUUUGCUUUGUUGGAGUUCAUUUGAUCAUUUCACAACCAUAACUAAGAAGGAGCACCAUCAUCAAGAGAACCAUGACAGCACGGACCAGCACACGACGAUCCCUCCUCCUUGGCUUGUUCCUUUGCCAAUAUUAUGCGAGACCCUCGUAUUCCAUGAAAGAUUGCAUCGAACCCCUUCGAAUGGAUCGACAACAAUCCAAAGGUCCCACCCAUUGUUCCAUUGAUACCGCCUGGGCCCCUCAACCCAUUUGCCACAACAAGCCAGAGGAUGAGGAGGAUUGUCCUCCAACUGACAAUGGAAGCAACGUGUGUGCAUAUGUCAUUGAAAGCCUCUAUGCCGAUUGGCGCAUGUUGGAUGGAGCCUUUUUGACAUCCGGGACAUGUCAGGCUUCGAUUCGACAAGGAGAAUUCACGUCACAAGAUGCCCUGCGAGUGCUGCCUGCAAACCAUGAAUUGGUGGCCAUUCGAGUGACAGGUAGGGCGUUGAAGAGAGCAUUGGAACAAGGUUUGGUAGACUAUUACGUCCAUGGCAACCUCGAUGCCUACCCCCACACGGCAGGUCUCUAUUACGAGUUGGAUCUACUGCAGCCACCCGGACAACGCAUUCAAAAUUUGAAACUACUGGGUUUUAGCUGCAACUGGAAAUCGUUUGACAAUAAUGACAAUGACUCCAUCUUGCUUCUGACUGAUGCUCACAUUGCCGACAGCCACCUUUUCCAAGGGAAUGUUUUGGCCACCAGCAAAACUGGUCGAGGUAGUGCCGAAAGCUUCUUCCUCCAUGCCACUUCCGUGUGCACCCUCAAGGACAAUUGGCAUCGGAUGCGAUUGCGACAUGAACCACCCACCAACAUGAUCCCACUGGAUGGUUUGAAUCAGCAACGACAACAACAAAAUGUACAAGUGGAUGGUGGAACCAAGCCUACGUUGGCAGCAACCAUCUGACUGUCUAGCUAGCUAGCACGAGAUGAUAAAAGGCAGCUUAGGAAGAAUGGUGAGGAUCAAUGGGCCAAUCAAUCACUCUUUUUGGCUCCAUUUACCAUUGGGCAUCGGACUCUCUCGCAAUCAGCAUCUUCCUGAACUGGAUUGAGCGAUAGUUUCCUUUGACUUGAAGGACUACUUGAUUCUUCUUGUAAAGUAUGCCUUCAGCUUCAGCUCUUACCUCUAGAGCUACUAGCUGGCUAGCCAUGCCAUGUCAGUACAAGAGUUCCCAGAUGAUCACACACAAGUUAUGAACAAAUAGAUCCCCCACAUUCUUUGCAAAAGUCUAGUUAGGAAGUGGUGUUGGUUGGUAGCG